GCAGCUUUACAAAAAUAAGAAGAAGUGCGCGCGGUCCUCCGACCCCCAUCCAAAAAAAACCGCCUCCCUGACCAGUGCGCCCGGGUCUGACCCGCGAGGACGCGCCGCGACUCUCAGAGGCUUCGCUUUUCUUUAGAAACCUGACAGAAGACUCAAAAUGUCAAAGCAGGGGAGACCCGUCAACUGCGAACACGUGGAGCGCUGCGUCAUCGUGGUGGUGCUCGGUGUCGGAUCUCUGCUGCCCUGGAACUUCUUCAUCAUCGCGUCUCAGUAUUUCCACCAGCGCCUGGCAGCAGCUCCCAACGCCACCUGCAAUGCCACCUCAAACGCCACCUGCAACGCCACGUCGGGAGGUGGAGACUACAGCUAUGGCCUCUGGAUGCCUCUAGCCUCCAAUCUGCCCCUAUUGAUCCUCAGCCUGUUUAACACCCUGUGGCCCUCCAGUUGGAGUGGGUGUGACCUCCCCGCGGCUCGCUGCAAGCGGCGCGGCCUGGCGCGCGACCCCCUCGUGGUCUCCAGCAUGGCCUCAAUCAUCGCCUGCUUCGCCGUCACGGCCGUCCUGGUGAACGUCGCCGUGUCGCCGCGCGCCUUCUUCAUCGUCACCAUGGCGACCAUCGUGCUCAUCAACAUGUGCAGCGGCGUGCUGGUGGGGAGACUGUUGGGUGUGGUCGGCCUGCUCUUCCAACAGUACUUGCCCUGGUUCAUGAGCGGUCAGGGGGGGUCCGGGCUCUUCGCUGCACUCGUGAUGCUCGUCUCCAUCGUCAGUGAAGUAGACGCGCUCGUGUACUUCAUCACGCCGUGUAUCGUCACCGUGAUCACGCUGUUGUGUUACCUGCGGCUGCUGAAGCUGGCGACGUCACCGAGGACGCACUCGCACACACGCGGGGACGCUGUCGACUCCCCUCUGCAGGACGUGGCCCCUCAGGGGCCCCCGGGCAUCACAGAGAUCACAGCGUUGAGCAGCAGCAGUGACGCCCCCGAGGAGGGAGGAGACCAGAAGAGGGACGAGAACCUGGAGAAACACUGUGGCUGGCAUGUCUUCAACAAGAUCCGCUGCAUGGCUUUGUGCGUGACGGCCGUGUUCCUCGUCACCCUGUCGGUGUUUCCUGUGAUCACGAGCCGAGUUCGCACCGUCUACAAGGACAACGCCGCCUGGGACAAGGUGUUCACCUGCGUUUGCUGCUUCAUCGUGUUCAGCGCCAUGGACCUCUUGGGCCGCGUCCUCACGAAUUGCGUCCAAUGGCCCUCGAAGGAGAGCUGGUGGCUUCCCGUCGCCGUGGCGUCUCGUGGCGUCUUCGUCCCUCUGCUGGUGAUGACCUUCAGGCUUCCCGCCUUCCUCUGCCGCGACUGGUUCUUCAUCUCCAUCAUGGCGACGUUCUCCUUCUCCAACGGGUACCUGGCGAGCCUCUGCGUGGCCUACGCUCCACAGUUGGUGCGGGGUAAAGACCGCGAGGCGGCCGGCCUCCUGAUGAGCCUCUCCAUCGCCCUGGGUCUGUCACUGGGAGCGUUGGUCUCCUUCUGCAUCGUCAAAGCUCUUGGUGUCGACUGAUUCCAGCCUCACGUCCACAACGCUCCUCCCAACCUUCGCCAACGUGGAUCACGUGACCACCGACGUCCACUGGGCCACGGGGCUGCGUGGCGGCGUGGACGGGAAGGAGACGAUGUUCAUGCUGCGGUUGGUUUAGUUGCAGAAAAUGUGUGAAAAGGGUUUUUUAAACUGUUCUUUUAAGUAAUUUUUUUAUUUGACUUUUUUGGUGGUUUUGUUGAACAAUGGCGUCUUUUUGUGUCCUUUUUAAAAGGAAAAACUCAGUUUCUCUGUCUUUCAUAAUAAAGUGAACAAAUUGUGUAUUUGUUCAUUGGAUGUCGUGGCCGUGACUUUGUGUACAAACACAAAGUUUAACUCAGUCAGUGGCCACUGACCCACAAAGGGUCCCAGGGCCCCACCUUGAGCCACACACACAUAUAUAUGAAUAAUUAAUACAUUUUGUCAAUUUUUGAAAUAUGGAAUAUACCCAAUAACCUUUUUAAAAUACGUUUUUUGCUUUUUAAAUCAACGGGGACAGAAUCCAGCCUGGACAGACACGUGAGGGACAUGAAGCACUUGUUGGAUUAAACAUAAGAAAACGCACACAGGUGACUCGGUCAAGCUCGACGCGUUAAGUUAACAUCGCUACCCAGCUGUGAUGGACACAAGCUGAGGACACACAACGAGGACGGGGAUGAAAAUGUAUCGCUAUGGUGAAAAUGUUCUUGUCUGUGUCUCAUUUGAGUUUUAUUAUUUAUAAUAUCAAUAUUGGAAUUGAUCCUUUCUUCAUUCGUUUUGGGUUUCCAAUGUUGGGUCACUUGCAUUAAUGAUUUCAAGUCGAUUGAAUCGAUGUUCGUUCGGCUUCUUCUUCAGGAAUCAGGAACAUUUAUUGCCAAAAUGUGUUAGAUAUUUGACAUUUGAGAUGUUCAUGCGCAGAACAACAAGGAGACAACAAGACAAAUAACUUUUUGUUUAACUCUACAGUAUGAAAUCAAAUGGAAGCAUAUGGGCUAUGGUUUAUAUAGAAUACAAAUUAUAAAUGGGACGUAAAGGAAACUAAAAAAACAUAAUCAUACUCUACACAACUGUGUUGUGAG